ACAAGCUAAAAGUUGUCCUCCGGGCGGGCGGAGUGAGGACAUGGAUGAAAAGGAGCUCUUUUCGCGAAGAAACUAAAACACCGAACCGGGGCGGGGAAAAGAAUGAUCACCUAGCCGCGAGUUCGAGGUAUUUUUCCCCGCCGUGCGAGAGAAAAGUUGCGGCGUUGCUUCCCAGCCGUCCCCCACCCCCGAAAAAAGACGUCCACGUCGGGAAUGGCGAGCCGCGAAGAAGCCGCCGCCACUGACGCGGAGUCUAAAGUCAAGUCGAAGAAGAAAAAGUGCAAAAAGGAGAGUAAAAUUCGCAGCGUCCACGCCAAUGUCCGCGCUGAAGGCGAAGACAACCCAAACCGACAUUACGCUGACAACAAAAUCAAGACCACCAAGUACACGGUGCUCUCCUUCCUGCCCAAGAAUCUCUUCGAGCAGUUCCACCGCUUCGCCAAUGUUUACUUUGUCUUUAUCGCGCUGCUAAACUUUGUGCCGGUGGUCAACGCCUUCCAACCCGAGUUGGCCCUGGCCCCGGUGGUCUUCAUCUUGUCGGUCACCGCCAUCAAGGACCUGUGGGAGGACUACCGGAGACACAGGUCCGACAAGGAGAUCAAUCACAUGGACUGUCUGGUCUACAACAGGACAGAGCGACGCUACGUGGAGAAGUUCUGGAAAGAGGUGCGCGUUGGUGACUUCAUCCGGCUACGCUGCAAUGAGAUCCUGCCGGCCGACGUCCUCCUGCUGAGCUCCAGCGACCCGGACCGCCUGUGUCACAUCGAGACGGCCACGCUGGACGGAGAGACAAACCUCAAGCAGCGGCAGGUAGUGCGCAGCUUUUUCGACAUGGACUGCGAUUUUGACCCGUCCAAGUACGACAGCGUGAUUGAGUGUGAGAAGCCUAACAAUGAUUUGAACCGGUUCCGAGGUUACAUAAUCCACCGGAACGGCCGACGAGACGCACUUUACAAAGACAACCUGCUACUACGGGGUUGCACCAUCCGCAACACUGAGGAGGCGGUGGGCAUCGUCAUUUACGCGGGUCACGAGACUAAGGCCAUGCUAAACAACAACGGGCCUCGCUACAAGCGCAGCAAACUGGAGAGACAGAUGAAUGUGGACGUCUUCUGGUGUGUCAUCAUCCUGCUGGUCAUGUGCUCUUUUGCAGCUGUUGGUCACGGGCUGUGGAUGUUUCAGUACGGCGAUAAGAGGCCAGUUUUUGACGUGCUCAGUCCAGAGGGCACAGACUUGUCACCCGUUUUGUCGGCCAUCUAUCUCUUCCUCACCAUGAUUAUCGUCUUCCAGGUUCUGAUACCGAUCUCGCUAUUCGUGUCCAUUGAGAUCGUGAAGAUCUGCCAGGUGUACUUCAUCCACCAGGACGCUGAACUGUACGACGAAGAGAGCGACUCCCACCUGCAGUGUCGUGCCCUCAACAUCACUGAGGACCUCGGGCAGAUGCAGUACAUCUUUUCCGACAAAACCGGCACGCUAACAGACAACAAGAUGGUGUUUCGCCGCUGCACCGUGGCGGGCGUGGAGUACUCUCACGACGCUAACGCAAGAAGGCUGGCAAUGUACCAGGAGCUCGACUCUGAGGAGGAGGAGUGCACGUCUCACGGUGGGACGCUACCUAGGCGAGACAGCACAGGCAGCCACCACAGUGUCAAGGUGGUGCUGCGCUCCCACAGCACUAAAUCCCACCGCAGAACAGGCAGCAGGGCCGAGGCCAAGAGAGCCAGCAUCCUCUCCAAACACACGGCCUUCAGCAGUCCCAUGGAGAAGGACAUCACGCCCGACCCUCAGCUAGUAGAUAAAGUCAAUGAGUGUGGCAGUCAGAUGGACUUCAUGCGUUUCCACAGUCAGCCCGUAUCCCAGCUGCCCUCCGAUCUGGGUGAUAUAAUGGAUUUUUUCGUGGCCUUGACCCUUUGCAACACGGUGGUAGUGUCCUCACCUGACCAACCUCGGCACAAGGUCCGGAUGCGGUUCGAGCUCAAAUCUCCAGUCAAGACUAUUGAAGACUUCAUCAAACGCUUCACGCCGAGCCGACUGACUUCGGGCUCCAACAGCAGCAGCUCGUCUAGCCUCGCCACCAACCGUUCUUCGACCAAGGGUUGUUCCAGCUUGCUGUCGUCCCCCUCGGCCGAUAGUACCCUCACAAAGCUGGAGGAAGAGGCGGCGGCGGUGUCCGCGAACGCCUUCGGGGCCACACCACCCAACUACGACUGGAAAACCAAAAACCCCGAUGGGGCGGAUUUACGCUAUGAGGCCGAAUCGCCGGACGAGGCGGCGCUAGUCUACGCCGCCAGGGCUUACAAGUGCUCCCUUGUCGGGCGUCUCCUGGACCAGGUGACGGUGGACCUGCCCCAUCUGGGGAAGCUCAACUUUGAGCUGCUUCACACUUUGGGCUUCGACUCCACCAGGAAGCGCAUGUCCGUAGUGGUCAAGCACCCGCUCACCGACCAGAUCACUGUCUACACCAAAGGAGCCGACUCCGUCAUCAUGGACCUCAUAAAAUCACCUAACACAGGUAACUCCAAAGGAAAACGGCAAAAAAAGAUCAUCUACAGAACGCAAAACUACCUGAACCAGUACGCCGCCGAUGGCCUUCGCACGCUUUGCAUUGCCAAAAAGGUGCUGAGUAAGGAGGAGUAUGCCUGCUGGCUACAGCGCCACCUGGAGGCCGAGACGGCAAUCCAAGGACGGGAAGAGCUGCUGUUCGAGUCGGCCCUUCGUCUGGAGACCAACCUUCAGCUUUUAGGCGCGACCGGUAUCGAGGACAGGCUGCAGGACGGCGUACCCGAAACCAUCGACGCCCUGCGGAAGGCGGGCCUGCAAAUUUGGGUGCUGACGGGCGAUAAGCAGGAAACAGCCGUCAACAUCGCGUACGCCUGCAAACUGUUGGACCCCGAGGAGGAGAUCUUAACUCUCAACGCUGAUUCCAUGGAGGCUUGUUCGCUUCUCCUGGAGGAGAGUUUACACUACAUCCAGGCCAAAUUCCUUUGCGGCUCGGCCAAAGCCUUCCACGCCGACUUCGCCCCGUUCCACGUUUAUCCGUCCCCUCCUCCGCCCGCGCACUGGUCGUCCUCCCACGCCGCCGUACACCGGCUGGGCCUCGUGAUCGACGGCCGCACGCUAGCCUACGCCCUGGACCGAAGCCUGGAGGAUAGGUUCCUGGCGGUGGCGCGCAGCUGCCGGUCGGUGCUGUGCUGCCGAUCUACGCCGCUGCAGAAGAGCAUGGUGGUCAAGCUGGUGCGCAACAAGCUCAAAGUCAUGACGCUGGCCAUAGGUGACGGGGCCAAUGAUGUCAGUAUGAUCCAAGUAGCUGACGUUGGUGUGGGCAUUUCAGGGCAAGAGGGCAUGCAGGCGGUGAUGGCGAGUGACUUUGCCUUGCCGCGUUUCCGCUACCUCCAGAAGCUGCUGCUGGUUCACGGACAUUGGUGCUACUCGCGCCUGGCCAACAUGAUCCUCUACUUCUUCUACAAGAACGCCAUGUUCGUGGCGCUUAUUUUCUGGUAUCAGUUCUACUGCGGCUUCUCGGGCUCAGCCAUGAUCGACCAGUGGUAUCUGAUCUUCUUUAACCUGAUGUUCUCCGCCUUCCCGCAACUCGUCACCGGCACGCUGGACAAGGACGUGUCGGCUGAGACGCUGCAGCAACUACCUCAGCUUUAUGUCAACGGACAGAACUCGGAGGAAUACAAGCCAUACAUGUUCUGGAUGAACAUGAUCGACGCUUUUUACCAAAGUCUCAUCUGCUUCUUCAUUCCCUACUUUGCCUACGCCGACUCGGACGUGGACCUGUUUACAUGGGGGACCCCCAUCACCACCAUUGCUGUGUUCACUAUUUUGCUGCACUUGGGGGUGGAGACUAAAACCUGGACGUGGAUGAACUGGGUGUCCAUCUGCUUCAGCGUGGCUUUGUUCUUCACGGUGGCGCUGUGCUACAAUGCCUCUUGCCCCACCUGCUACUCCCCCUCCAACCCUUACUGGACCAUGCAGAGGCUGCUGCAGGACCCCGCAUUCUACCUGCUGUGCCUCAUCACACCUGCAGUCGCGCUGCUGCCCAGAUAUUUCUACCGGGCGUGUCAAGGCACAAUUUUUCCCAGCCCAGUCCAAGUGGGCCGGCAGUUGGACCGCUUCCCCGCCAAAGACCCCCGCAGGGACAUCCUAAACUGCAGUGCCGAGAGCAAAUCCCCCGCGGCCUCCCUCGCCAAAGACCCCCAUAGGGAGUCGGAGCGUCCCGACGCCAGCCUGUCAGUCCGGAUUGACGGAGGCGUCAAAUACACCCGGAACUCCCAGGACGGACUCACCUUGGGUUGACGUGUCCACGCCCCCCCGCCCCUUUUUCCAAUUUGCACGUUUUUUAAUUCUAUUUUUCCAAAGAGCUUCUUUUAUAAAGGAUGCAAAUAGGUACUUUAUUUGAUGCUAAUGUUAUUACGGGAGUCGGAAAUAUAAUUUUUUUUGCCAGGAAAGCUUCAUUUACCGCAGAAGAUUCAUCUCAUUCUGUAAUGAUGGAUGAGUUUUCUGUUUUUUUACAUCCAAAGUGCUUUGACGCAAGAGCGGCCUUGGUUGUGUCUUUCUAAGAGGUUUUUUUUCUUGUUGUUGUUCAGCACACGGUGACCUCGGUUCACUGCAGCGUUAGCGCCACAAUGAAGAGAGAGAAAAUAUACUGAAAUGACGAGGAAAAAGUAAUCACGAGAAAUUGUAUGUAGCAUUAAAAAUAAUUUGUGGGAAAAAAGUUCGAAGAACAGGGCGGAAAUUACACAAAUUCGGUUAGAUUUUUUUUAUUUUGAAGAAGAAGAAUUAUGUUUUUAUCAUUAGAUUUUUAAACAAAAAGGUGAAAAUUACAUAACAAGGUAGGGGUGUGAACCUCUUGCGAACUAGGCAUGUGCCGGUAUGAUAUAUGAGUUAAAAAAGAAAAUCCAUUGAACAGGAUUUUUAUUUUUCAAAACAUAUUAGCAAAUUGGAAAUUAAGUAGAAUGUUAAGUUAAAAUUAGGGCUGUCAAACGAUUAAAAUUUUUAAUCGAGUUAAUUACAGCUUAAAAAUUAAUUAAUCGCAAUUAAUCGCAAUUCAAACCAUCUAUAAAAUAUGCCAUAUUUUUCUGUGAAUUAUAUAUACUGUAAAAUAGAUUGUUGGAAUGGAAAGAUAAGACACAAGAUGGAUAUAUGCAUUCAACAUACGGUACAUAAGGACUGUAGUGGGCAUUUCACUCUACUGUCAUUUAAAUCUCUCUAUGCUGUCCUCACUCCGAAGCGUCUACUUUUUCCAAAGCUAGGCAGCUAGUGAACGACGCCUUAAUAAUCAGACCUCUUCCUUUUUCAUCUGAUUUAUUAAUAAAAUGGCCUAAAACCAUUGUCCUCUUUAGACCGUCGUAAAACUACAAAAAAAAAGUACACAAGCAUUGCAUUAGCAACAACGUUAGCUUAGCACGCUAUACAGGUUAACUAAACAUAAACAAAAAGCGUCUCAUACAAAAAAUAUAACAUUUAGCUUAACAACAUAAUAUGUAGAUUCUUUACAACAACCAUACUUACGGACAAAUCUUGUCCAAGGAUCAUAUAAGCACAACAUUAAAACGUAGGCGUCAGCCCGAGACGUCGUGCAGCCAUAUUGAACUGGCAAGAAAACAAUAAACCAUGUCGCAAAGCGACCACAAGAGUUCGCUGUUAGACAGCACAAAAAGCCUUGCUGUAAAACUUAUCAAAAGGCAGAAUACUGUCUGAGCGGGACAUGUGCGUUAAUUGCGUCAAAUAUUUUAAUGUGAUUAAUUUAAAAAAUUAAUUACCGCGCGUUGACGCGUUAAUUUUGACAGCCCUACUUUAAAUAAAUAAAUAAAUAAAUAACUCAAAUAUUCUAAGUACAAUUAAAAUUAAAAUAAAUGCAGUCCUUUACGUGAGCCUAAACCCAAAGCCACAGCUCAAUAUUACCAUCAGAACAAAAACAACUGAAUUAUUUUCCAUAAAAAGCACGUGCGUAUGACUCGUAUUAUGUUUACAUUAUACACACACUCCCUUUCUCAACACAGACAGUUGCCAGAGAGAAAAAAAACACGUUUUACCACUGCUAGACACACUAAACACGCUGGAGUACACUCUUUUAGCUGGUGGGAAAUGUGUAUGACAGUGUUAACAAACCUUUAAUUUUGUAUAAAUGCGGAAUCAUAUUGGAGGUAUUGUCUCCUCGGCAGCCACCCAGCCCAAACAAGUUUUACAUCUCGGUUAACUUUUCUGUAGCCGAAGUAUUCCCAUACCAGCGAUUUGGUUUUGUUCGAUGGGGGAAAAAGUUACGGAGUGUCACCUCCUCCAGCCAUCAUGUAGCACAGCUUACUCACUGAGCAACAACCGGUGGGGGAAGGUUGUACCGUGCAGCUGAAAGCGAGCCAUUUUUCCCUGCAUUUUUGGCACAUAAAAAAAUAGCUAACACCGUAUGGACGGAAAAAUGUUGCCGUUUUGAAACCUUGACGUUUCCAUACCGCGGUAUACCUUAAAACCGGAAAUGCCGGUGAGUGUAUUUCUCCAUGAGCAGCGGCAUCAAAAAAUUCAAAGUCGUUUCGUAGUAAAAUGAUUGCGCGACCGCUUGAAAAAAAUGCCUCAACAGCCAAAGCGCGUUCCAACUUCAUCCACUCCAUGAUGCUCACUGGGGUUCCUGAAAAAGACAACAAAAAAAACCCACAAUAAAUCAAGCAAGUUAAGUAACCAAACUUUAAGCCCCACCCUCUUAAAUAAGUCUAUCCCUACCAUCCUCAGAGCAACCAUUGCUCCAGGGCGCCAAAUUUAAAUAAGCAAGUUACUCUGCCCCACCCAAAAUUGGCGUCGCGAAGUCAAAAUCGCAUAAGUCUGGUACGUCGUGACCCGGGGACUGCCUGUAUUAGUUGUUUUGUAAAAUAUCCGGGAAUGAUUUCCUGACCCAUGUAUCGAUAAUUGUUAUAUCGCCAUAUGGGGGGAUCGCUAUCAUGAGCCUUGUAUCAUAAAUCGUAUCGUGAGGUACGCAGAGGUUCACACCCCAAGUUGAAUGUAUAUUUCAGGUUACAAUGUUAAUAUGCAGAGUUUGUGUUUUCUGGGCCAUCCCUAAAUGCACCGCAUAUCUGACUGGAGUGAGCGAGGGAGGGGUAGCCGGAGCGAGAGGGCUGUUCACAGUAGUCGUGUUCAGUGCUUUCAGUCUAUUCUAACCCUCACCAGUAAUGGUAAGUACAGCAUCUUUUUAUAUUAUAUACAUGAAGUAUUUUGACAUAAAUUUAGGUGAAAUCCGACUUUAGUACAGGAAGUCCUCGAUUUCGUAGGAACGGAACGGAAAUCGAGUCCUCGAUCGAGUCCUCGAUUUCGUAGGAACAGAACGGAAAUCGAGGUCUUCCUGUUAAAGUUUCUUUUUCUACCAAAAUAUCAGUUCAUAGACUUCACUAUCAGUUGACGGGACACUGGGCUCGGGGCCGAUCCGUAGGGGGCCUAUUUUCAAAAGCUUAAAAUAUUUUCAAUACCAAAGCCGCUAGCGACCUAAAACCAAAACAGACACCUCCCUUAGGCAUAUAUGAGUCUCCAUGAGCAGUGACAUAAAAAAAUACAAAGUCGUUCCCUAAUUAAAUUAUGAUUAUUUUUUUAUACAAGUAUACAAGUCUCAAAUUUUGCACAAAAAUCACCAAAUGCAGAAAUAAUAACAUAAUUUUCAGAAGCAAUAGCAAUAUUUAACAUAUCAUAAACGUUUUUGCCCAAAAUAGCAACCUAAAUUUGUUUUGGUACAAUUAACAGGGGUGAAAGUGGGCCAGAACAGUCAGGAACGCAGUUCCGGUAUAAGAUUCAGGGCCAGAACGCAGUUCCGGUAUAAGAUUCAGGGUCGGAGUGCUGUUCCGGUACACGGUGCUUUGAUUCCGAAAAUAUGACUGCAACUGUCAAAAUGCUGUGUAAAAAAAAAAUGCUAGGCUGCCACACAUGCAUUUCAUCUCCAAGAAGAAAACAAUCUACCAACAUCAGAUUUACAUACACAAGUGUUAACAACAAGCAUAAUAAAGUACUUAUGUAGCGUAAUCCGUUUCCACCAAUAUUAUUUAUUUUAUUCCACAGACGGCAUGGAGGUUUCCUAGCUGUCAAUGUGAACUUUGAACUUAUAUUUCUUCAUUUAUGUUAGGCUACUUAUUCAUUUUCUUAUGAUUGAAGAAAGUCAAUGUUUGCGCGAUCUUCAAAAUAUAUUCCAUUUCACUCUGCGUAAUAUAAUUCAUUUGUACUUAUUUUUCUGAAAGUAUGUUACUUAUCUUUAUUAUUAAAACAAAGUAAAUGUUUACAUUAAAUUCAAAUUUUAAAAUACAUCCUAUGUUCUUAAGUAAUUAAAAUUGAGAUUUGGCAUUUAAUAUGUGAGGAAAUGAGGGAAAAUAAAAAUUAGGAGAUGGAGGUUGGGGUUAUUGCUGUUUUAACUUUUAUUUUGAAAAUCAUUGAAAAAAAUAAAAUUUUAAAUGAAAAUCAGUUUUUGUAUGUGUUAUAGAAAUAACUGUGCUAAAACAGUUUUCUUUGCAUUUCAGUAGUUUAAGAAGUAUGACCACCCCCUAGCCCCCCCAAAAAAUGAAAGAAAAAAAUUAAUAAAUGAAUACAAUUUCUGGCUCCGUGGCGACUUUCACGUCGGGGAGUUCUGGCAAGAAAUUUUAGCCACUUUCACCCCUGACAAUUAAUACAAGUUACAGCUAAUAAAUCACUCAAUUUUUACAUAAGAAACUAAAUACUUGAGGAAAGCAUGCAAAUUAAUCUUAAUUUUACUCAACAAAAGCAAAAUUUGUAAUUUUCUAUUUACAAUUACAGUUUAUUAUGGUUGAAUUCCACUAUUGUGUGGCGAUACAAAAUCCAACAUGGCAACAGUCACUAAACAAAGCUUUAUACGUUGAAAAUUCUUGCAAAUGCUGAAAUCGCGGGAUUUCUAUCGAUAUUAACGUAAAACAGUCUAGAUUCUCGGUUAAAAGCAAAAAAAACGGGCAGUUAUCAUUCAUUUUGCGCAAAUAUUUCAAGCCAAAGUACAGUAUUGUUUAAUCCAACAUGGCGGCCAUCACGAAACAGAGCUUUUUAAGUUGACAAUUCUUGCAAAUAAAUGCUUAAAUCGUGAAAUUUCUUUAGAUAUAAAUGUAAAACAGUCUAGAUUCUUGGUUAAAACCAAAAAACGGGCAGUUAUCAUUCAUUUUACGCAAAUAUUUCAAGCCAAAGUUACAGUAUUGUUUAAUCCAACAUGGCGGCAAUCACGAAACAUGGAGCUUUUUAAGUUGACAAUUCUUGCAAAUAAAUGCUUAAAUCGUGAAAUUUCUUUAGAUAUAAAUGUAAAACGAUCUAGAUUCUUGGUUAAAAGCAAAAAAAUGGACAAUUAUCAUUCAUUUUACGCAAAUAUUUCAAGCCAAAGUUACAGUAUUGUUUAAUCCAACAUGGCGGCCAUCACGAAACAGAGCUUUUUAAGUUGACAAUUCUUGCAAAUAAAUGCUUAAAUCGUGAAAUUUCUUUAGAUAUAAAUGUAAAACAGUCUAGAUUCUUGGUUAAAAGCAAAAAACGGGCAGUUAUCAUUCAUUUUACGCAAAUAUCUCAAGCCAAAGUUACGGUAUUGUUUAAUCCAACAUGGCGGCCAUCACGAAACAGAGCUUUUUAAGUUGACAAUUCUUGCAAAUAAAUGCUUAAAGCGUGAAAUUUCUUUAGAUAUAAAUGUAAAACAGUCUAGAUUCUUGGUGAAAAGCUAAAAACGGGCAGUUAUCAUUCAUUUUACGCAAAUAUUUCAAGCCAAAGUUACAGUAUUGUUUAAUCCGACAUGGCUGCCAUCACGAAACAGAGCUUUUUAAGUUGACAAUUCUUGCAAAUAAAUGCUUAAAUCGUUAAAUUUCUUUAGAUAUAAAUGUAAAACAGUCUAGCUUCUUGGUUAAAAGCAAAAAACGGGCAGUUAUCAUUCAUUUUACGCAAAUAUUUCAAGCCAAAGUUACAGUAUUGUUUAACCCAACAUGGCGGCAAUCACGAAACAUAGAGCUUUUUAAGUUGACAAUUCUUGCAAAUAAAUGCUUAAAUCGUUAAAUUUCUAUAGAUAUAAAUGUAAAACAGUCUAGAUUCUUGGUUAAAAGCAAAAAACGGGCAGUUAUCAUUCAUUUUACGCAAAUAUUUCAAGCCAAAGUUACAGUAUUGUUUAAUCCGACAUGGCGGCCAUCACGAAACAGAGCUUUUUAAGUUGACAAUUCUUGCAAAUAAAUGCUUAAAUCGUUAAAUUUCUUUAGAUAUAAAUGUAAAACAGUCUAGCUUCUUGGUUAAAAGCAAAAAACGGGCAGUUAUCAUUCAUUUUACGCAAAUAUUUCAAGCCAAAGUUACAGUAUUGUUUAAUCCAACAUGGCGGCCAUCACGAAACAGAGCUUUUUAAGUUGACAAUUCUUGCAAAUAAAUGCUUAAAUCGUGAAAUUUCUUUAGAUAUAAAUGUAAAACAGUCUAGAUUCUUGGUUAAAAGCAAAAAACGGGCAGUUAUCAUUCAUUUUACGCAAAUAUUUCAAGCCAAAGUUACAGUAUUGUUUAAUCCAACAUGGCGGCCAUCACGAAACAUAGAGCUUUUUAAGUUGACAAUUCUUGCAAAUAAAUGCUUAAAUCGUGAAAUUUCUUUAGAUAUAAAUAUAAAACAGUCUAGAUUCUUGGUUAAAAGCAAAAAACGGGCAGUUAUCAUUCAUUUUACGCAAAUAUUUCAAGCCAAAGUUACAGUAUUGUUUAAUCCAACAUGGCGGCAAUCACGAAACAUAGAGCUUUUUAAGUUGACAAUUCUUGCAAAUAAAUGCUUAAAUCGUGAAAUUUCUUUAGAUAUAAAUGUAAAACAGUCUAGAUUCUUGGUUAAAAGCAAAAACGGGCAGUUAUCAUUCAUUUUACGCAAAUAUUUCAAGCCAAAGUUACAGUAUUGUUUAACCCAACAUGGCGGCAAUCACGAAACAUAGAGCUUUUUAAGUUGACAAUUCUUGCAAAUAAAUGCUUAAAUCGUUAAAUUUCUAUAGAUAUAAAUGUAAAACAGUCUAGAUUCUUGGUUAAAAGCAACAACAAAAAAAGGCAUUUAUCAUUCAUUUUACAUACUGUAAAUAUUUCAAGCUUAAGCUAGACUAAUUUUUCCCCAUUCAUUUCAAUGUAUUCACAACGUUCCAAAGCGCAUGCAUGGUGCAAAAAUUAUAAUAAUUACCUUGAAUCCUCGACCAAAUCACUCCUGAGGCACUCCUGCCUGCUUGAAUGCAGUAAAACCUUCGUCCUAUUUCAACCUAAAUCCGGCGUUAGAACGCAGUGUGUGUUUGAGUUUAUCACAGUGAAUAGUGAAAGCCACCUCAAGGCUCUAUGGGUCGGCCCCCUACGGGAAGGCGUGGCACAAAGUCUGUGGGAGUUGUCUUGUCAACUGAUGGUGGAGUCUACGAUCGGUCAUAAAAUAGUAGUCAUUCAUUUCAAAUAUUUAUUUUGUUUCACUCUAGUGUGGCGCCAACACUCCCGCGUGUACAUUUGUGCAAUCAUUUUGCUGGAUUCAUGCUAAUCUCUUCUACACAUUCCAAAGAUAAUCAAACCCAAUUGAAUGGGAUUGAAGCCCAUGUCUCAUUGUGUUUUAACAGUGUUCACCAAAGAUUUGCGUUGUAACGGUAACAACUCAUCUCGGUCGUUUUCCACAUCAAGCUAACUGGGAAUAAAGGGGGCGUUGAUAUUAAAAUGCCUCGUUUCGUCCAAAAGACUAGACCAAAAAAACAUACCUGGAUGUUAAGCUCGUAAGUGUUUUACUUGAAGAUUUUAAAUAGUUUUUCUAUGCUCGUUCAGAUGCCUGUUGCUGCCACACCAGAAAUUUCGCAAAAAGUUUGGUAAUAACUUGAUCAAUUUCAGGUUUUAUAAAAGUUUGUCAAUUUGUUUUGCCAAAAAAAUCACAUUAUAACAUGAAACAUACCAAUUAAGAAUACAAAAUUUUUCAUAUUAGCAUUUAAAAUCAUGCUAAACGUGUAAUUUAUCACCUUAAAAUGUGAAAUCCUUCACAUAACGUGAUUUUUUUCAUGUUGAAGCACAAUUUUUCUAACUAAAGUUUAUUGCGAUUUAUUAAAAUUAGGGCUGUCAAACGAUUAAAAUUUUUAAUCGAGUUAAUUACAGCUUAAAAAUUAAUUAAUCGUAAUUAAUCGCAAUUAAUCGCAAUUCAAACCAUCUAUAAAAUAUGCCAUAUUUUUCUGUAAAUUAUAUAUAUAUUCUGUAAAAUAAAUUGUUGGAAUGGAAAGAUAAAAGACAAGAUGGAUAUAUACAUUCAACAUACUGUACAUAAGGACUGUAGUGGGCAUUUCACUCUACUGUCAUUUAAAUCUGUCUAUGCUGUCCUCACUCCAAAGCGUCUACUUUUUCCAAAGCUAGACAGCUAGUGAACGACGCCUUAAUAAUUAGACUUCUUCCUUUUUCAUCUGAUUUAUUAAUAAAAUGGCCUCAAACCAUUGUCCUCUUUAGACCGUCGUAGAACUACAAAAUAAAAGUACACAAGCAUUGCAUUAGCAACAACGUUAGCUUAGCACGCUCUACAGGUUCACUAAACAUAAACAAAAAGCGUCUCAUACAAAAAAUAUAACAUUUCGCUUACUAACAUAAUAUGUACAUUCUUUACAACAACCAUACUUACGGACAAAUCUUGUCCAAGGAUCAUAUACGCACAACAUUAUCAGCCCGAGACGUCGUGCAGCCAUAAUGAACUGGCAAGAAAACAAUAAACCAUGUCGCAAAGCGACCACAAGAGUUCGCUGUUGGACAGCACAAAAAGCCUUGCUGUAAAACUUACCAAAAGGCAGAACACUUUCUGAGCGGGACAUGUGCGCUAAAUGCGUCAAAUAUUUUAACGUGAUUAAUUUAAAAAAUUAAUUACCGCGCGUUAACGCGAUAAUUUUGACAGCCCUAAUUAAAAUAGUUACGAUAAAACAUUCAAUAUAUCACGUAACGUGAAAUUUAUUACAUUAGAGUGAAACUCAUCGCAUAAUAACGUGAAAUUUAUUACAUUGCAAUGUGAUUCCGAAUUGUCUUCUGAUGUGGCAGCAGUGUGUGUCCGUAAGAUUCGGGGGGGAAAACGUUUGAGUGGCCAAAGAAAAAUGUUUUUAAAAGCACUUUGACAUUUUCAGAAGUCCCAGCCCCAACACCAAAUGUUCCGUUUGGUUGACAUGGAAAAAUGACGUGGUUAUUGUUGAUACGUCAUUGUUCGUAUAUGUUGUAUUUUCCACAUAUGUGCCUUAACACUGGAUAAUAAAUGUUGUUUUUCCCCAUUGAUGAAA